CUGAAACCUCCCCGGAACUCAAACUUUAACAUGUUUAACAUUUCAGAGUUUUGUUGAGUGAUGUUCAGUGCCAUAUCAAAAGCUGCAGGCUUCAUCUUCUGGGGGUCUGCAGACGCUGCUGACAAGGCAGAAGAGAAGGAACCAACUGUUUCAAGUGCUGAGGGGGCUACUUCAGAACAAAAUUCCCUUGGAACUCAAGGGAAGGUAACCAGCAUACACAAUGGUUAUGGUAUAAUAAACAAGGAUAUCUACUUCACCUUUGAUUGUGUUUAUGGAGGUGGAAGGCCAAAAGUUGGUGAUGUUGUGAAUGUUCUGGCGAGUCGGAAAUCAGCUGAUGAUGGAUGGAAAGCAGAGCAAGUCUCUGUUGUUACUGGAAUGUCCUGGGAUGAUGAGCCAAACCUUGAUGAGAGUGAAGAUGGAAAACAAGUUCCUGAAGUCGUCUCGGAGGUGGUUGUUGGUAUGGUGACCAGAGCAUCAGCUAGUGAAGGAGUCAUCAACAAUAACAUUCCAUUUGUCGGACAUACUGUGACAGAUGAUUACAUCCCAUUCAGGGGGGACUGGGUUACAUGCAAUGUGGAAAGGAACAAUACGAAUGGGACAUGCCACGCCACCAAGAUUUCUCCUUUACGCAUCAAGGAUUUCAUAGGUGAAAUCAACAGCUCACAGAAUGGUAUUGGCUAUAUCAACAGAGAUAUUUUUGUUUAUUUCAAUGCGUGUAAGAUUGCUGGUGACUGCGGAACUAGGAGGGGUGAAAAAGUGUCGUGUACAGCAAUUGAAAGCAACCAAGGGAAGUGCAACUGGCGGGCCAUCAGUAUCAUGAAAGCCUCUUUUCAGAAUUCACCUGCCAGGUUACUCCAGAUGCCCAGUAUACCAGUCAGUCCCAUGCAGGGAAAGUUCAUGAAAGCCCUACUCGAUGACGAGGACAAAUAUGGAGUAUUUGUUACAAAGUCCGCUGAUUUUGGGAUGCUCAUGAACGGUCACCAGAAGUCCUUGAAGUUGUGGAUACGCAAUGUGAGUGACCAUCCCAAAACUUUGCUUAAAGUCCGUUUCCAUGGUCACGUAAUGUCACAGUUCACAGCCCACCCACCUGAGUUGAAGGAAACAGGGAAAAACCCACCAUCUGGUAAAGAGCCGUCUGGCAACAAGAUUGUUCUUGAUCCGACCAUAUCUGCCUCGGUCAGCGUUGAUUGUCAUGCAAAGAAUUUCGGUCAGGAAAAGCAGCUUCUGGUCUUCGAAUUUGAAGGCUUCAAAAUAGGACGCUAUCUGACUGUCGAAGUAAAGGACCCUACUGCUCGGUUCCUUGAGCCGAACGCCCCGUAUCAGAGGCAAGGGACAAAUCGUUAUAGCCUGGCUGAGCAGAUAAGACGCAAGUCUUCUGGAGAGGGUUGGGUCGUGCCAGGAAUAAGGCCUAUUUUUGCCAAUAAGAGUAUCCAGCUGCCAAAUAGACUUCCCCAAUUCCUCGUCCCUUCAGAUCUUAGAGACUGUAUUUAUGAUGGAGAAGAUCCUGUUGCUCUUUACCCUGUGCUCCAAAAGCCCCUGAUGUUCUCUACAUACUCUCAAAAGUUCUCCCUGCUUCUCCAUCUUGAGGAAAUACAGAUGGAGAUUGACAUACACGAGUACAACUUGGAAAGGGUGUGCCUCCGUCCUGUUGCUGAAUUCCUUGCGCUCAAGGUGCCUGGUCUGGCAGAAGGCCGACCCUCCUUAAUCAUUGGUGACAAGAUCCGUGUGUCUGUGCCUGGAGAGGAUGAGGGCCCGCAAUAUGAGGGCGUCAUCCAUGAGGUUCUCAACGACGAGGUGUUGUUAAAGUUCCAGCAGAGCUUCCAUUCCGACUACCUUGGCCAGGACUAUAAUGUGGAGUUCACAUUCAAUCGCACUUCUUUGAGACGAUGCCAUCAGAGUGUUGACUUUGUCCAAAAGCUUGGAGAAGAUAUCCUUUUCCCAACCAAACUCGAACUAAAAAGAUCUCAAGUUACCGGUACGAUCAAUGAAGCCGUAAAAGAAGUCGUCAAAUCACCAGCACAGCAAAACAAACCAAGCACAAGGAGAAAGCAGACCAAAGCACCCGGUAGUCACACGUUCUUCAACUCUUUGCUGAAUGACAGACAGAGAGCAGCAUGUCUACGGAUCCUUGGUGGGCAGUGUCGUCCAGUGCCGUAUAUACUCUUCGGUCCACCAGGGACUGGGAAGACUGUCACGGUUGUUGAGGCAGUACUCCAAGUGUUUCAUCAUGUGCCUUCGAGUCGAACGUUGGUCUGUGCGCCGUCCAACAGUGCAGCUGAUCUUUUGGCUGAAAGACUCCACCUGAGCUCAAAAAUUGGUAAGGGUGACAUGGUACGCUUGAAUGCAUUCCAACGCACCGUGGACGUCAUCCCCGAGAUAAUCCAACCAUACAGCAUGUACGCUGACAACUUGGAACAUGUUGCCCGACAUAGGAUUGUCGUCUGUACAUGUGCAACUGCGGGAAGUUUGUACGGAUUACGUUUAGUGCCUGGACACUUCACACAUGCGUUCGUUGAUGAGGCAGGACAGGCCACGGAACCCGAGUGCUUGGUUGCACUGAGUUUGGUUGCGAAUGCUGGUGGCCAGACUGUGUUGGCUGGUGACCCGCUACAGCUUGGUCCCGUCCUCCGGUCGAAGUAUUCGGUGAAACAUGGACUUCAGGAAUCGUUGUUAGAGAGGCUGAUAUACCGUCCAUUGUAUCAGAGAGAUGAGCAGAGGUUUUCUGGGCAUGGAUGCUAUGAUCCAUUCUUGGUGACAAAACUGAUCAACAACUACCGCUCACACCCAGCCCUGAUGACCCUACCUUCCCAGCUGUUCUAUCACAAUGAGCUACAGAUGUGUGCAGACAAGCAAAUGAGGGAACGACUCUGUCACAUUGACAUACUGCCAAACCCCGGGUUCCCUCUCAUCUUCCAUGGAAUAAGGGGAGAGGACCUUCGGGAGGGCAACAGUCCAUCCUGGUUCAACCCUGUAGAGGCUGUGCAAGUCAUGCGUUACCUCCAGACCCUAGUCGGCUCAGACAUCCACGAUCUCUCUUACGACGACAUUGGUAUCAUCACGCCAUACAGGAAACAAGUGGAGAAGAUACGUCUGCUUAUUGACAAGCUUGACAUGGAGAGGGUCAAGGUUGGCUCAGUGGAAGAAUUUCAAGGUCAGGAGCGGCCUGUGAUGAUUAUAUCGACAGUUCGAUCACACUCCAGAUUGGUCGCCUUCGAUCAGAAGUUCAACCUGGGAUUCUUGAGCAACCCCAAGAGAUUCAAUGUAGCAAUUACCCGUCCGCAGGCCCUUCUUGUCAUCAUUGGGAACCCUCAUGUCUUAGCACAGGAUCCGUACUGGGUGAGUCUACUGAAGUAUUGUGUUGACAACAAGUGCUACACUGGAUGUGAUCUCCCAGAUUGCGUCAGACCUGAUGAAGCUAGCAUCAUGGAAUCUGUGUUGGAUGAGCCAGAUACAGACAACGCCAGGGAGCCUAUGGUUGAUGAACCAGUUGGGAGUGACUGCCUUCCACAAGAUUUGGGUGCCGUCACUCCUGAAACCAAGGCCCUCAAUCGUGCUGCUGGACUGAACAAAAACGAAGUGGUAGCCAAGGGUGGCAUUGACCAUGUUGAUGGUGCCUUAGUAGCAGAGGAACCAAUUCAAGGUGGACCAAGGAGGGAGUCAUCAAGCAAUCCCGACAUAGCCUCGACGGAAAAUUCUGUCGAAAAAUCGAUGCCUUCUGAUAAGCAAUUAAGAGAUUGUGCAGUGCCUGCCGCAACUUGUAUUGAAGUUUCUCGGUCUACUCAGACACCCUUGAUCAGCUCCGUUAUUCAGCGGCUAGGAACUAUCCUGCACGGUACUGGUGAAAACGCAUUUACACAGACGUCCGUCUUUGGCUCAAUCGUAUGUAAACUUGGAACCUCCCCCGCCAGUGUCAAAGGUAAAACUAGCGCAAGUGGGAUGAACAUUGGGGAAGUUGGCCUUGAACAGAUAAGCUCACUCAUGACAGAGCCGCCAAGUAUACACAGACUGUCGUCAUCUAGGCUAAAGGUGUCCUUGUUUCUAAAAAAGGGUGAACAGUUGAAUGAACAAUCUGUGUUAGAUUCUAUGGAUUGCAAAACUUCAGAAAAGUCUGGUGGAAGCGAUCCCAAAUUGGAUAGACAAAUUGGAUUUGAGCCUGAUGUAGAUAAACUAUUAGUCACUAGUACAUCAGUGCCUACUCAAUGUCCUGAACCCAGUUUAGAGGGAGAGCUAGAUGAUAUGGUUGAGGCUUCAAUCACUAUGACAUCUAUCUCUAGUCCUUGUUCUAGUCUUGAACCUUCCAUUGCAAGUACAUCAGUGUUCACUCCAAACUGUAAACCCAGUCCUGACAAUUGUCAUGAAUCUCAUGUUACUAGUACAUCAGUGAGUACUGGGGACACAGUACAUUGUGUUUCUACUAGUACAUCAAUGAGUACGCCCUGCUCUGACCUUAGUGCUAAGCAAGAUCUCAAACCUGCGAGUGUGUCUGGUGUAGGUGCUGUACCUAGUCGAGAAACUUGUUCUGAACUUGAUGAACCCCUCACUGCCAGUACUAGAGCAUUAAGUCAAAAGCCUGUUGCAUGUAAAAACACUGACAUUGUUGCACCAGCUAAUACUAGCAUUCAAUAUGAACCUGCUGCAGGUUUCUCUCAUUCUUCAAGUCCCCAAAUGAUUGUACAGGAUGGACAUGCCUUGAAAACGGAUAACGUUGUCCCCUCUUUUGUGAAGCAGACUACAGAAGUUACGAAGAUAGCUGGGGUCAAGAAACCUUCAACACGUUCUGGUGAUGGAAAGGGUAGAGGAAGGGCUUUGAAAUUACUCGUUGAACAACAUUGGAUGAAAGCAAAUCUACAAGAUGACGAAAAACCUGGUAGGGUGAAGGAAACUACUGGUGAGAAACAAUUUGUGUUGGAGGAAGAGAACGAGAAUCUAAACAAUGACGCAGCUCAGUUUAGUAAUGAUCUGUCCGAGAAAUCAGAAGUUAACUUGAUUGUGCCUGCAAGUGUGAAUAAACCUGCUGAGGUGAAGAAGCAGGAAAAGCCAUCGAGUCCAGAACAGGACGUGAUAGAUGCCAUGAACAGUGUUUACAAGCCACGGAAAAACAAUAAAGCUAAAAGGUCCUUGAAUCAACGUCCUGUGUCUAAAGAUAACCCCAAAGUCUCUGGUGAAAGAGUGCAUCAGAAUGAAAUCCCGCCAAGGUUUCAGAAAUCUGGUACCUACCCUGCUUACCGGCAGCAACAUGGUUUGCAGGACGACCAGUCAGUCCACCGUGAACCUCAAUGGAUCGAGGCUGAAGUUAUUACUGAAGACGACUCUCCCGCUGAACCAGGUUCGUACCCAAUCUCACGGAGGCAGAUCAACAAACUUCCACCUCGUCUACAGAAGCAAGCUUUUGCUGAUAUGAACAAUGAACAAAGAACAAUUCAAGCUGAAAUUAUUUCUGAAAGUGUCCCAAGUGAAGUACGAAUAGUAGAUGACCAACAACAGGUUGAACCACUGCCAGCAUCGAUGUCUCAAAGGCAAUUCAAGAAUUUGCCACCAAGAUUGCAGAAAAAGUUUAUUGCAGAUAAUCUACGCCAGCAUCAUUCAGUUCAGGGCAGUCGAGGAAUGAUCGAGGCAGAGCUUGUCAUGGAAAAUGAUACUUGUACCAGGGAGGUAAACUUGGGGCAUGAUGGAAGUUCUUUCCAGGAAAGUGGGUCAAUGUCCCAGAGACAGUACAGAAAUCUUCCUCCUCAUUUGCAGAAGAAGUUUAUUGGGAAUGUAGUUUCCAACAUGCCAAGGCGAGAUUUGGAUUGGAUCCUGAAUGGGAGUCACGGGAAGAUUGAGGCAAAGGUUAUCACAGACGAUGGUCAGCUAGGGACAGCAGAGAAGCGAGCCAAAGUACGCCCUCCUCCGACAUGGCAGGAACAGUUCAAAAAGAUGCCAAGGCGUUUACAGAGAAUGGGCCAUUGUCGUUUCCAUCAAUGGUAUUCUAGAUGUGAAAAUGUGAAUUCAACAAAUCAGCCAGAAUGGGAUUUGGUUGGGAAUAAACAGAAAAUGCCUGAGGCUACUUUUAUCACUCGUGAGAUUUCAGUUGGAGGAAGGAACUUGGCAGGAAAAGGUCUUCCUGGAUCAUACCCCUGGUCCAAAGUUGUGACAUUUGAUAAUGGAUCAAUGUCCAUGACCGAUUUGCAGACUGAGGAAAAUAACCUUGAAGAAAAUCGUUCUGUGAGACUGUGGUACCAAACUCAUACAUCUGAUUGGCCUGGGGCUGCUUCACUUAGCAAGCCUAUGAAACGUGACCCUGUUGGACAAGAUUUGGACGAGGUCCGUAGGAGAGGAACUCGACGAACAAAAGAGCCUGUUAUUCAAAGGGAUCCUCAUGUAAAUUCACCAUCACAAUUAUCUGGUGGCUCUUUUAAGCACCAUGAUCAGCAAAAGAAAAGAUGUUUGUCUGACUGGGAUAGAAAUAACGAUGUCAUGACAACGACACCUACUUCUCGGAAGGUUUCCAAUCGUGAUUUAGUCGAGCCUCGUGAUGGGUGGGUUGUUGGGAUGGGCAAUGGGAAAGGUGGCAAGCGCUCGGCUAACAAUCGAAGUGAAAGACCAGGGGCUUGGAGAGACUGCCAUAACACUAACAGAUCAAAUGAUGUGGAUGUGCACUGUGAUAGUUCUGAGGAGAAUAUUGGGAACGGUGGGAAUAAUUUGUCUGGCGGUAGUCAAGGUCAAUGUCGGUUCAAGAAGAUGCCAAUUGGUUACCGGUUAGACCCCGCUGUAGCUGGAGAGAACAGGAAUAUUGAACAUGUUGAAGAGAAAGUGUCUGCUAAACAAGGCAAUCGUGACAUUCCUCCAUUAAGUUUCGAAACAUUUAUCAAAGGUGGAGGGAAAAAGAGCAAUAAUAAAGAUCGGAGGAUGACUUCAAAUUUGUUCGAUGUGGAGAAAAAACAGAGUUCUAGAGGUCGGAAUUCACCGGGGCGACCUGUUCCAGAGAAAUCAUUGCGAAAUGAAGGUGUCCAGGAAAAAAAGUUCAGUACAGACCUUUUGGAGAAAGUAUUGAUGAAAACUGGAAAGGUUGAACAAAAAGAGUUAUUGAAAUCGGAAUCGUCUGCUUCGGAAAAGAAGGCGUCUGCUGUUCCUGCAUUGCAAAAACCAGAGCAACGAGGCCAACAUUCAGCAAAUAUAAAAACAAGCUCCAGCAAAAGGCAAAAUUUGGCACUUGGGGCAAAUGGUACUGGUGCCAUUUUUCAGAAACCUUGUCUUCAGAAUGUGCCACAACCAGAGAAUUCUGGCGCGACAGGUUUCGUUUCAAGAGAUCUGAAAGCGACAACUCCUUUUCAUGUGUCUGCAGCUGUUUCUGAUUCAUGCGAGAGUAGUGACUCUGAUGAGGAUUAUCAUGAGGAUCAGAGGGACAGCGAUGUGGUGAUAGAGAGCAGUGAUGAAGAAUCUCUUGCUUGACCAGGAUGAUUUUUAGAACGUCUGCUUUUAUUCAUUCUGAACUUCCAGCAGUAUUGCCUCCAUAGGCUUCGCUGCACGUUGUCUAGAAGCUUAGCAAUGUUGAUACAUUGAGGGUCAAGAUGGCUCUUGGUGAAGGUUCAAGGAACUAAAACUUCUGGCUCUUUACAUCGAAACUUGAACCCAAGGUCAUCUUGAUUCGAACCAUUUAUUUCCAAUGUGUUCUUUUAUCUCCAAUUCUUUUGGAAAAUGUUUUUAUUUUAAACUCUUUUAAUUUCUUUGGUGCAACUUUCCAGGCAAAAGAGUCCUUGUCUAAGCCAAUGCUAUCUAAAACCUUUUUGAACACAUGAUAGCUGUUGUUCAGCUGACUGCCAUUUUAAAUCAUCAUUAUGUGUUCUUCUCAAAUGCUUUGAUAUAGGUGUCGUCGUACUAUAGGUAGGCAAGGUUAUGUGUGGGAAUGUAUUAUAAUCAAGUCACGUCAUCCUAUUCAUGCUUCCUCACAGGGGUGGGUUGAGGCCUAUCCACUGCAUCCAGAGUGUAGUUUUUGAUGAAUGCGUUGACAGUCAUUGUACAAUAAUGGCUCAGAUUCUGGUGCAAUUGCUAUUGAUUACCUUGUUGAAAUGGUCUAUUUGACGAAUAAAUGUCAUGAUAUUCUUGUUGAA